CAGAGGAGGAACUCAACUCAGUCCACCACAGGAGAGUAACCGGGGUUAGUGUCUUGGCACUAAAGCUGUCUAGAAGCGUAUACAUAUAUUUAUAGUCUAAAUUACAGAAAAGGGCAAAACAGUGAUAGCUUCUAAAAAACAUGUGGAUGUCGUAAGAGGUGCGGUCAGAAGAAAAUCGCUGAUUGAGAAUCCAGUCGUCUAAACUCACAGGAUUAAUGAAGUUACGAUAAUGGACACCGAAGACCGAAUAGAAAGUAUUGUUGAUAUCUACGACAGUGCCGAGACUGUAAGAGACACCGUGGACUUCAAAACAACAGUCCCUCAAACAGCUCAACACACAGGAAGUGAUGGUGUGAAGAUCAGGAGCUCCAGAGCAGCUGUGGUGUGUUUGGUGAUGCUGUGUGUUCUUCUGCUGACCGCGGUCAUUGCGCUGGGGGUGUACAUCCAUAAAACGGACGCAAACUACGCAGAAGAGAGACGGCAGCUUCUAACCAGCUCAAGUCAAUUUAAUGAACUGACAAAGUUUAUUCAAGAUGGAUGGAUUUAUCAGUUCACUGUUUACUACGUUUCCAAUGAGACGAAGAACUGGACCGAGAGCAGAAGAUACUGUACAGAGAGAGGAGCAGAUCUAGUGAUCAUAGAGAACAGACAAAAACAAGAUUUCGUGAAGAAGAUAUCCAAUGGAAGUGACGUCUGGAUUGGUCUGACCGACAGUGAAGAAGAGGGAACAUGGAAAUGGGUUGAUAACAGCACACUGCCCUCUGGCUCUGGGUUCUGGAAACAAGGAGAACCUAACAGAGGUACAGAUGAGAACUGCGCUAUGAGUGGUUCAACAGGAUGGGCUGAUUAUCCAUGUUCUAGUAUUUUUAAAUGGAUCUGCGAGAGGAAAAAUAUAAAAUGACUGUAUUAUAUACAUGUUCAUUCACAGCCUAUAUAUUCCGAACAACUUAAACACCAAAAUCUAUUGAGUCAUUCCGUUUUUUCUCUUACUACCAUUUGCCUUCGAUGUAAAUGAUUUGUUUUUUGUCCAUUUCUUUUGAUACUUCAUUUAUUACACGUUCCUGUCGCGUGUUUCUUGCCCGUCAUGCGAUCAUGUCAUGUGCUGCUCUUGUCUGUAGCCGCGUUCGAAUUGAAGCCGAUUGAUCGAAUAACUCUCAUGGUACUCUGAAGUCAUACGCUGAUCAUUCUGCAUCACGCCGCUUCAAUUCGAAUACGUCUUGUGUGUCGUGUUGUGAUUGGUUGCUUUAGUCCUAAGCCUUGUUUCCCAUUGGUCGGUUUGUGUCAUGUGACCCUUGCUGACCACUAAACUUAUAAAGGGGAGGUGAUGACAAUAUAUAAGACACUCCUGAACAUAAACUAUGUCACACAGAGCACAAAAAACACAACAAAAGUCCAUAAUUUUGACACAUUGUCUAUGUUCAGUAAUGUUCUCUAUGAAUUUGUCUAUUAAGUGAAAAAUGCUUUGUUUUUGACACUGUUGUUUAUUGUUUAAUUGUUGAAAGCUACAGAAAUAUUAAAAAUGUGUAUGGAAUAAAAACUUUAACCUGUGACUUUUAAGGA